AUGUGCUUUUUAAGACGGCCGGGAGCGCCUGCGAGCUGGAUCUGGUGGAGGAUGCUGCGGCAGGUGCUUCGCAGAGGGCUCCAGUCAUUCUGCCACAGGCUGGGCUUGUGCGUGAGCCGGCACCCGGUCUUUUUCCUCACCGUGCCGGCAGUCCUGACCAUCACCUUCGGCCUCAGCGCGCUCAAUCGCUUCCAGACCGAGGGCGACCUGGAGCGCCUGGUUGCUCCCAGCCACAGCCUGGCCAAGAUCGAGCGCAGCCUAGCCAGCAGCCUUUUCCCCCUGGACCAGUCCAAAAGCCAGCUCUAUUCGGACUUACACACCCCUGGGAGGUAUGGCAGGGUGAUCCUCCUCUCCUCACCCGGGGACAAUAUUUUGCUCCAGGCUGAGGGGAUCCUGCAGACCCACCGAGCCGUGCUGGAAAUGAAGGUGAACCACAAGGGCUAUAAUUAUACUUUUUCCCAUCUAUGUGUAUUGAGAAAUCAGGAUAAGAAAUGCGUGCUGGAUGAUAUUAUUUCAGUGCUAGAGGAUCUCAGGCAGGCUGCCGUCUCCAAUAAGACAACAGCCAGGGUGCAAGUAAGGUAUCCCAACACUAAAUUAAAGGAUGGGAGGAACAGUUUUAUUGGACACCAGCUGGGCGGGGUAGUGGAAGUGCCAAACAGCAAAGACCAGCGGGUCAAGUCAGCCAGAGCCAUUCAAAUCACCUACUACCUCCAGACCUAUGGUUCUGCCACUCAAGACCUCAUAGGGGAGAAGUGGGAGAAUGAGUUCUGUAAGCUUAUGAGGAAGCUCCAGGAGGAGCACCAAGACCUCCAACUGUACUCUCUGGCAUCUUUUAGCCUCUGGAGAGACUUUCAUAAGACCAGCAUCCUGGCCAGAAGCAAGGUCCUGGUGAGCCUUGUGUUGAUCCUGACCACAGCCACCCUGUCCAGCUCCAUGAAGGACUGCUUGCGCAGUAAGCCCUUCCUGGGCCUCCUGGGGGUGCUCACGGUAUGCAUUUCCAUCGCCACUGCCGCCGGGAUCUUCUUCAUCACUGAUGGGAAGUACAACUCCACCCUGCUGGGAAUCCCUUUCUUCGCCAUGGGUCAUGGAACUAAAGGAGUAUUUGAGCUUCUGUCUGGAUGGCGGAGAACCAAAGAGAAUUUACCCUUCAAAGACAGGGUAGCAGACGCCUAUUCGGAUGUGAUGGUCACCUACACCAUGACCAGCUCCCUGUACUUCAUCACGUUUGGUAUGGGGGCCAGCCCCUUCACAAACAUAGAGGCAGUGAAGAUCUUCUGUCAGAAUAUGUGUGUCUCUAUUCUGUUGAACUACUUCUACAUUUUCUCUUUCUUUGGCUCUUGCUUGGUCUUUGCUGGACAACUAGAGCAAAAUCGAUACCACAGCAUCUUUUGCUGUAAGAUCCCUUCUGCAGAAUACUUGGACCGCAAACCUGUGUGGUUCCAGACAGUAAUGAGUGACGGGCACCAACAGACAUCCCAUCAUGAGACAAACCCUUACCAGCACCAUUUCAUUCAGCACUUCCUCCGAGAACAUUACAAUGAAUGGAUUACCAAUAUCUAUGUGAAGCCAUUUGUGGUCAUCCUAUAUCUCAUUUAUGCCUCCUUCUCCUUCAUGGGGUGCUUGCAGAUCAGUGACGGAGCUAGCAUCAUCAACCUACUAGCCAGCAACUCCCCAAGUGUUUCCUAUGCCAUGGUUCAGCAAAAAUAUUUCAGCAACUAUAGCCCCGUAAUAGGAUUCUAUGUCUAUGAACCCCUUGAGUACUGGAACAGCAGUGUCCAGGAGGAUCUGCAGAGGCUCUGUAGUGGGUUCACUGCAGUGUCCUGGGUGGAGCAGUACUAUCAGUUUCUGAAAGUCAGCAACAUCAGUGCCAAUAACAAGACUGACUUCAUCAGUGUCCUACAAAGCUCGUUUUUAAAAAAGCCAGAAUUCCAACAUUUUCGGAAUGAUAUCAUUUUCUCUAAGGCGGGGGAUGAAAACAACAUCAUUGCUUCUCGCUUGUAUCUGGUGGCCAGGACUAGCAGGGACAAGCAGAAAGAAGUCAUAGAAGUUCUGGACAAGUUGAGGCCCCUGUCUCUCUCAAAGAGCAUCCGGUUCAUUGUGUUUAACCCUUCCUUUGUUUUCACAGACCAUUACAGUUUGUCAGUCACUGUGCCUGUUCUGAUCGCAGGCUUUGGGGUUCUCCUGGUGUUAAUCUUGACUUUCAUCCUAGUGAUCCAUCCUCUGGGAAACUUCUGGCUCAUUCUUAGUGUCACCUCAAUUGAGCUGGGCGUCCUGGGCUUGAUGACCUUGUGGAAUGUCGACAUGGAUUGCAUUUCUAUCUUGUGCCUUAUCUACACUUUAAAUUUUGCCAUUGACCACUGUGCACCACUGCUUUACACGUUUGUAUUAGCAACCGAGCACACCAGAACACAAUGUAUAAAACGCUCCCUGCAAGAGCAUGGGACAGCCAUUUUGCAAAACAUUACUUCUUUUCUUAUUGGGUUGGUCCCCCUCCUAUUUGUGCCUUCAAACCUGACCUUCACACUGUUCAAAUGCUUGCUGCUGACCGGGGGUUGCACGCUUCUGCACUGUUUUGUUAUCUUACCUGUGUUUCUAACCUUUUUCCCUCCUUCCAAAAAGCACCACAAGAAAAAGAAACGUGCCAAACGAAAGGAGAGAGAGGAAAUCGAAUGCAUAGAAAUCCAAGAGAACCCUGAUCACGUCACCACAGUUUGAGGGUGGAGACUUUUCCUUUUCCAGUGUUGCACAACGAUACAGGGCAAGUCAAGCUCAGACCUCAGCUGCUUGGGCUGGCCAGGGGUAACAAGGCAAGUCAGAUCAAGAGUGUAUAUUAUUCAUGACAUGUCCAAGGGUCUGCUUCCUGUGGGGGAGGGGGGCGAGGGACUGAAAGGAGGGAAAGUUCUCUGCAACCUUAUUCUCCAGGAGAGACGAAUUUCCAGACACUGAAUCUUAGAGCUUUUCCAAGGAAUGGAUGGAUCAUAUGUUAAGACAGAAGGCUGAAAGAGCUAAGGAUUCAAAAGAAAUGCUUAGAAGAAAUGGAGAAGAGAGGUGGUGGUCUCCAGAUAGGGGGAAAGACAUAGGAAAUGUCUAAAUUUCCAUGUCACUUUUCAUGCUUGUUUUUAGAACAGUCAAAGGAAACCUAUGCACAUGGGAAGUACAUAUUUAAUCCUGUCUAAACCAAAGGACCACCCAAUCCAUUUUGUGUGUACAUAUAAGUAUAUAGACACUUACACUUGUCUCUAGUGUACAUUGGUGUUUGGGUGAAGGAAGGUGUCCAUUUGCAGCUAAGGCUGGCCUUUCUCUAGAAAGUCAAAUCAGCUUUAGCCAAAUAUAUAAGCUCACUAGGGGGAGAUGCAAAAUAUAUAAAUGGCCACUUAAAAUCAACUCAACUGUCUAGACAGCAAGAGUGUUUUCAACUGUGUGAUUAAAAAAAAUAAACAGAAAUUUGAAUCCAUUGAAUUCUACAUGUCAUGUUGUUGGUCAUUGAGAUUCUAACUUUGGGACGACUUUACAAAAACAUUAAAAGGUAUUUGAAUCAGUCAGCAUGUGGACAAACGUUUAAGACUUAAAAUAGUUGAGAUGGCUUAUCAUUAGCCUUUAACAUUUCUGCGUAUUUGGAAGGCCAGCAUGGCUGCUCUUGGAUAUCUCACCCACCUGCAAAUGAGCACUUUAAGCAUAUUGUCCUUGUAUACAUAUGUAAGGGUACACAGUAUAUGUGUGAGAGAGAAAGGAAGAAUGAGAUGACAUUCCACAGUUACACGUUCUUAUUUUAGAUGAUGAAAGUACACGGCUAUGGCAGAUAGCAAUUAACAGAGGAGAAAGAAAGUGCACGGGAAACUCAGAGAGUGAAAUGGGCCAAUGCUAUUCAUCAUCCCAGGAUCAAACAGUCCUUAGUCUAAGAAAAACUUGUCAACUCUAUAGACUCUAGUAUGUUCCUUGGAAUAAAUUUGGAGCAUUAACCCAGGCCAUGAUCACUAUGGCUGCAGCAUCAUUUUGUAGUUUCUUGCAGUUAUCAUUGUCUUGUUAACUAGAAAGUAAGCUCCUACAGCAAGCAUAGCUCUCUGCAGGGGCCAUACUAACCAUGUGUAAUUGCUGCUGGAUUCUUUAUAUUUAAAAAAAAAAUGUACUGAAGUAAUGUUUCCAUUGAGUUAGUGUUUAAAUCUGUACCCUAAGCAGGUACUCAGCCUGCUGGGUACUUACAUGGACUAAGGCUGUUGUUAUUCAUGUUGGAGAAAGUUACUAGAAAAUUCCUUUUCCCUGCCGUGUAGGGACCUAAAGAACAAUUUAUUUCCAGGUAGAAUAAAACAAAAGCUCAACGAUGAUGCAGUCUGCUAACAACUCUUCCUCCCAAAGAAAGCUGAUAUUUUUCCACCCACGUGGGUUGUAUAAUUUAACUGCAUUAAUAAUAAUACCCUUAAAAGGCAAACUAUUACUAGAACUCUUAGAAAAUCCCAUUCUUUUUACGGUGUUUGGAAAUGAUAUUGAUAGAUUCGUGAAGCAAGAGCCCUGCUUUGGUAAACCAUGCAGAUUUUAAAAUAGACAUUUGUUAAAUAAAAUUUCAGUUUAUGGAAUGGCAUUUGUUCUAUUCUACCUUAAGACCACUGUGUUUCAAUGUCUCCCUGACUGUGAGUGCAAUAACUAGAAUUAAGUAGGGAACAUAACUGCCUAUAGCCACAUUUGAUGUUUUCUCUGUAUCUGUAAAGUCAUGUCACAGUUAAGGCCAGCCUUUCAUCUCAUGAACUUCUGCACAAAGGAAAACUGGAUUUCAAACAGUUGACCUCCAGGCCAUGAUCUUAUAUUUGAAGUUGAAUUUUCUGAGCAGUCUUUGGAGUUGAAGAACAGAAUUCCUCUUUUGCAGUUCCUCAACAUUUAUGAAGAUUGCAAUCAUUUGCAUCUGCUUGUAAAGACGGCCACUGAGACACUGAGGAUUCCAUGUCACUCCAUUUCUGGCUGUAUUCAGUGAUACUCCAUUCUCCCACCUAUUUUGUAUUUAAUGUUAACUUAUUUGAGUUUUAUAAUUAUGAUAAAUCAUUUUAGAAGCAAAGACAAACAAACAAAAUGAUUGCCAAGCUAAUUGGCAAUCUUGCCAAUUGCCAGAUUUAUGGGAGUACAGCCACAUAUUCUGCCAAACCAAUAAUUUUAAUCUCUCCCAAUGCACUUGAAUGGAAAAAGACUUGUUCAUGUGUUAGAUAAUGUCUUUAAGGAUCAAAUGUGUAAUAUAAACAGGAAUUUCUCAUUGUCCAACUGGCUAGAGAGGUAGCAUUUUAGAAGAAAUGUUAUCUUCUCCAGAACACCGUGAUUUUCUCUAAGGAAUUGUAGCAAUAAUUAACUGAAAUGAAACUCCAUGUUCUGGAAGAGUAAUAGAAUACCCAAAAUGCCUUGACUUGGUCUUAGGAAGUAAUUUGAGCCCAGAAAAAUCUCACCAAGCAUCAUCCAAACCUUCCAAUCUCACUGUGAAGCAGAUAUUUCCAAAAAUUCCUUUACUGUAUAUCAAGAUGCACCCUAAAAUAUGAGAUUAUGAUUUGGAGGUAACCCUCCAUUCUCAACCAUUUCUGGUAGCUUGUAUACUCCCCUCUCUAGUUUUUAAAGUUUAUGCUCAUUUUGUCCAUUUGUGAAAUAUUGAUGGCAUUCAAGUUAGGAAUUUAACUACUAUCAAACAGUGGACCAUUCAAACACUAGAAGUAAUCAGUGAAAAAUCUUUUAGAUUUGUGGAAUAUUUUACUUUACUGCAGUGCAAUUUUUCCUUAAAAUGAGAGAUUUUAAAAACUUGUGAACCCCACAGCUUUUCUUGUUUAAAUUGGACUGUGUCCCCAUCAGAAUGUAGUUUAUGUUCUACUCUCCUCAAAGAGGAACUCACCUAAAUUAUCAGACAAGAUUUAUCUAAAUGUUCCAUGGGUUAACCUAUAUCAUGUGUAAGUCUGUUGAAAGAAUGUGUACUUAUGCAUUGCCCCGUGCGUUCUUGCGGUGAUCACAAACCUCUUUGAAGGCCGUGCAUGGAUAGUCUAUGAUAGAGCUUGUCUUUCUCCCAAUUGACUUCCAUUUAAUUUCCACAGAAAUAAAUUCACGUUUUAUCUUAUGUUGUGAAAGGAAAAAUUGUGACACACAAAGCUCCUAUGAUGCUAUAAUAGCCAUUCUUGUACGUUGAACUUGAGUGUAAGAGCUACGUCCAUUCUGUAAUUAUUCAUUGCACUUUACCAUAACAAGCCAAUCCUUCAAGACUAGAGCUGGGGAUUAACUAUCGCCAUUCAGAAUGUGUGUGUAUUUUUAUACAUUGACUGUAAAUAUUGUCGUUACAGUCAGAUAUUUUUAUAACCAAAUAGUUAUAAAUGCAUGGCACAAUGCAUGCAUGAUUACUAAUAGUAUGUAGAUUAUUAAAGAUACUAUUUUUAAGAUUAUUACACAUUUUAUUAAAAUUUUCAUAUCCCCUAUUGUAAAUGUCUCAUAGGGUUUUGGUCACAAAGGCCUAAAGUCCACAGAAAACUUCAUACUAAGGGAAGCAAUCAGAAAAUUGCCUUCUCAUAGUGUCAACAGCGGCUGCCUGCAGUAAGAUGGGCACUGGUUCUGGUCUCUUGGGUAAAGGAUCAGGCAGAGUCUGCAUUAGCUAGUAAUUAAACAUACUUACAUGCUAUGGGUUUGCGAAGGUCAGAGUCAACCAGAAGCUAUCACACCUUAAGAAUGGACUUGUGAUGUUGUCUCCUGGGACUGGAGAAUUCUGUGAGUUACUCUUCCCAGAGGGAAGUCUAUGUUCAACCAGUUUUGUUGCUGUUUUGCACAGUGUUCUGAUAAUUCUUUCAAAGGUGGCCCUGAAAGUUUUCACUUAUUUCAAGGGAAUUUCAAGAUCACUUUCAUUCUCUUAAAAAAAAAAAAAAGACAAAAUUCUUGCUCUUCCUGUUACAAAACAAAAUCAAAAAAACAAAUAAAAACAGUAACAAACAGUUAUGACAAACUUUUACGGCAUCAAAUCAAAACAUCUACAGCUCAGUUAGUAUGCCCUUGAAAUCUCCCCAUCUCAAAUGUAAACAGAACUCUGCAUCAUCUCUGUAGCAGGCACUUACGCCAGCCUUAUUCCGCAAUGAUCUGCAGAUACACUGCACAUGAAAUAAUUACAUUUUCUUUUGUAGCUUUUCUUUAGAAAUGACUUCAGUGACGGUGACAAAAAUUAAAGGCAUUUUCAUGACAUUCAGCACACAGGUGCUGCAUGUGAACGUAGUCAUACUUCCAUUUCUGUAUCCAAUGACCAAUGUUCAUCUGUGUCGUGUUGUAGACAGGAGAGCAAGAGGUAGUGCUCUGUGUUCCAAAUGUUUUGAAAUUCAGGUCGAUGACAUUUGGAUGAAAUUGGAAGGUACUGAAAGACAGACAAGGCUACCUCUAAGAAAUCGAGAGAGGGAGGGGGUGUAGUAGGACAUCACUGAAGUCCUUACAUACUAGACUUUAUAGGUUAGAAAAAAGCACAGAGGAUCAGAUGGUGCCUCAAAACUAGAGCUUCUUAACUGCUAGCAAACCUAGCUAUGUGCAACUACUUCCCACUUGAAGAUCGUGCUCUUGUCUGGAGGAUUCAGACACUGAGCCUGAUUCUAGAUUUCUAAGCAUGACCAGGUAUGUAGACCCUUUUGUGAAUGAGAGCAAAGCUGAAGGACUCUGGAGAGAGACUUCAAAUUUAACACCCAGGAAAGUAUUCAUUUUCCAGAUGCUGUAAUACAUAUAGUGAUUUUGGCCAUUUUUAUGUAUUUAAUGAGGGCCUCUUCUAUAUUGUUGAUAAAGAAGUCAUUUGCUUUUCUUGUGAAAUGGCAAACAAUUCAAAGAAAGACUAUAUGGAACCAGUAUUGCAGAGUAUGCGGCUAAUGUAUUGACCACAUCUUAGCUCUUCUGCACCCUUAGGUUGUCAAGAUAAUAGGAGCUUAGGCUACACAGGGAGCCAUUGCCAGAUAGGUAUUUUUAAUUCAACAAAAUAUUUACAAAUAACAUCAUUGAUAAUUUUGCACUUUUAUAAACUAUUGGAAUCCAGUCCCUACUAUUUCACCCAGCUGAAUUUUCCCUAAGAAAGCUGGCAUAGGUCAAACUACUUUUGAAAAUUCUAAAAAUCGAAAGGAAAGUUGAGAACAUGAAAGUAGGAAUGAUUCACAAGCUCUUGGUAAUUCUUGCUCCAUUUCUUGGGUUCCUGUUCAUCCAAGCUGGAGCUGGUAUUAGUCAUUCGUAAUUGUGUUCCACUUUACUGUGUGGCUCAUGGCAUGCCUGAUAUGGUUUCCUUCCCCCUUUGUUUUUACAGUUACUAAAGCGACUCCAUUAUCUCCAGGGCUCUCUCAAAUGAGUGGAAAAAUAAGAGUUUUAAUUUUUUGGAAGAUUUCAUUGAAGAGUUUCCUGGAAAGUAUUAGGAGUGACCACCAUGGGUAAAAGAUAAGUGGAGCUUAUUACAAAUGUGUCACUUUCCAGUCCUGAAUAGAUUUAGUCUGGAUUCUUGGUAAAGAUUUUCCACAGCACACUGUGAGAAGCAUUACAUUAACUAAAUGUGAGAAGGGAAUAGAGUCUCCCACUGGAAAUUGAAAUCACUUCCACCAUCAGAGCUGGUAGAUUGCAAGUACUAACAGCCAUAGUGAGAGACCUUGAAAAAGAAAAGAAGAAGCUUCUGUGGUCUUACAAGUCUGGUACAAUCUAAAACAUCUAUGUCUAUAUAGAUUCAGGAUAUCCAAGCAUCUCCUCUCCUCUGACAUAAAAGUCCAUUACUGAAAUAUCCGACCUUCUGCUCACCAGUGUGAAUAUUGCAAGGUAUCUGCAGAGCUUAUGCAGCAAGCUUAUCUUAUGUUCCCAUUAAUUAUGCAUCUCCUUUCAGCAAUGGACUUCCUUGCUCUUAAGUAGGAAAUCUGUCACUGUUUGAAAAGGGCAGAGAUCUCACUAAGCUACCUCACAGGGAUACUUAAAGAUAAAAUGGCGUACAGCCUUUGACUAAAUGGUAAUAUAAUACAUUUAUUGCCCUUUCACUUUGUAAACUUGUACCAAGCUAGCUGCAAAAUGAACACCCAUGUGUGCAGCUUCACCUGUUCCUACAAUUUGCUGUAUGCAUUCACCAAUAUGACAUCACUUGGGGAAGCUGUUCAGUUAUCUCUUCACGGACAUCCCAGAGAAUGAAAAUUAAUUCAGAAAGAGUAUUACUUUAGAAAGAGCAUUGCCUAGGAUUAACUUUGAGACAGCAGCCUGUCAGCAAGAUGCGUCACCAAAUGCUCUGUGACUAACUUCAAAGAGCAGCCCAUGUGCUCUUCCUUUCAAUGGACAGGAAAAAUCAAUCCGUGUCUUUAAUAAUGUUAAGCAAAUAUGAAACAAUAAAGAUACAUUUACAUCCUAAGGGUUUUUCCCCCAGUAGGAAACUACUGUUUUUACCCAUCAGUUAGGAUUCUGAAACACUGGCUGAUGAAAUCAGUGAGGAGAAAAUUUCUAGGAAGGACCACCUCACCCUCAGACUUAAAAAAAAAAAAAAAAAAAAAAAAAAAAAACAGGCGUGAAAGUAGAAACUGAGUGUUUUAUUUCUUUUCCUUUCCCAAAAGGUUCCCAAUCCUGGCUCAGUAAGAUGCUAGUCUCUACAAAAAAUGAAGAAGAAUGAAAACACACAUGGAAUUGUAAGGCUCCAGCAUCUUACCAAUACAAGCCACAUAGUAAAAUACCACUGCCAGUCAGCUUUGGCCAUGAGAAUGGAUUUUUAAUAUUAUAUUCUUUUUACAUAUAGGUUAUCUGCAUUCUUUUUGUAAAAAAAUAAAAAGCCUUAUAUAUCACUCCCAAGUUCCAACGAAUGGAUUAAAGACACCUGUUCCAGAGUUCUGCACACAGGGCUCCACCCCUAAAGCUACCUUAUUUACAGAAACUUGAAGGAAACAAAUUUAAUACCAAAAAAGUGUGACUUAAUUUGUAGUUCAGUGUCAAUAUCUUCUCCAAAAAUAGUGGACUGCUCAAAUACACAUCUUAGAUCUUACUAAGAUGACUUUAAAAUGUCAUUCCAGUGUUUUCAAUUUGCCCAAAUUGUGUCAAUGGUCAAGAUUUAUAUGUAUUUCCAUUCUAGGCAAGCAAAAUAAAGUAAUUUUAAAGUGAGUUUUUUGUAACUGUCAUAGGAAUAAAUAAAUGAGAUUCUCUCUGUAUUUUCAUGUGUAAAUGUACAUUCAAUAGCUGAAUGAAUCUCACACCUCGAUGAACAGAAACUGUAUUCUAAAUAUUCAUUUCAUUAUUAUUUUCAAAUUUUGGAUGUCUUGACUUCACAGUGUACAUAGCAUAAGCCGUGCAUUUUAAAUGCUUCGCUAUAUAUAGACAUAUGUAUGGUUUUAUUUUUGCUGUUUUGUUUUGUGAUGCUGGGUCUUGUUGUGUAAACCUGAUUGGCCUUGGACUCAGAGAUCCCCUACCUCUGUCUCCAGAGUACUGGGAUUAAAAACAUGGGCUACUACACCCAGGCAGGGGUUUAAUCCCUAUUGGAGAUUUGUUUUCUUUGUUGUUUUUGCUUGCUUGUUAAAUAAUUUGAGAUGGGGUCUUUCUAUGCAGCCCCAGCUGACCUGGAUCUCAGUGUGUAUCCUAGUCCUGACCCAGAACUCAUAAUCCCCAUGCCUCCCCCUCUCGCCAACCUCCCAGAUGCUAGGAUUACAGAUGUGCACCAUCACUCUUGGAUUCUUUCAUUCUCUGAAUUUUUAAGAAUAUUUUUCUUGGGCUUGGAAAGAUGAUUUAGCAGUUAAGAGCACUGAUCGCUUUUCCAAAGGACGAGGGUUCAAUUUCCAGCACCCACAUGGCAGUUCAUAACUGUCUGUAAUUCUAGUUCCACGGGAUCUGACACCCUCACAGAAACAUACAUGCAGGCAAAAUACCAAUACAUGUAAAAUUAAAAUAAAAAGAAAAAGACAUAAUAUUAUUUAUUACAAAUUAUACUAUAAUGUACAUCAGCCAGCCCUACAUAGAUAAGAUAAUUCACUAACCAAAGCAAAUUAACAUGUCUUGGCAGUCUUAUAAGACAUUUUCAUGAAACCCUAAGUCCAUAAAUAUCUCUACAAUAUGUAAAGUAGGAAUCUAUUACCAAAAAUAGCCUCAAUUAUUGUACUAAUUUAAAAUCUGAAGUAAUGUGUAGUUGCCACAAAUAAAUUCUGCCCAAAAUUUAUUACAUUAUCUGAGCCAAUUCUCUCUGAAAUUUACUGCAUCAUAGUGAAUUCCUACCAUGACAAAAGGUCUAAAAAAAAAGCUUUAAUUCAUCAUUUUUCUCACCACUCGAGAAAACCAACAAUAACUAAGACAGCGACCCCCUAGGCAGCAUGCAGGCUUAGAAAAGGAGACCUAUUACACUCCAGAGCACACAGCUCCACAUCUGGAUGAAAUUAAAGGCCUUCAGCAAUCGCUCCCAAGUCCAUCAAAUCAAGAAUUGUGAGGAAUACAUAGUUAGCCCACAUGCAUGAGAAUCAAGUGCACCAAUCACAAAGUCAUAUUGAAACAAAUUAAGAGCACACAGCCCACAUCAAAGGGUAUCGCUGUAGCCUUUGUCCUCAAUAACAGCAUUUUCAGAAUUAGAGCCAUGUGCUUUGGAAUGUCUCAUUUUGGGCAACUUCUCACAGUUUUUUAAAAACAAAGAUGCUCUUGCUACUCUGAGGGAAACGUUUUUUAAUUUAUUCAUUAGCUGUUUCCCAUCUGGGAUUUAAUAUUUUAAUUUGUAAUUAACUUUCUUUUCCUCUUUGGGUAAAAUUAUUUUUCUGUGUAACAACUAAAAUGCUUUUCCUUUGGUUAAGAAUAAGCAUGACUUGCAUGAAGUGAAGUCAGAAUUUAGCAAAAUAUAAGAUAGAUAUGUGAGCAUGCUUGCAAGCACACAAUUCAGAGAAAGUUUGCUCAUUGAUACUUUAUGUGCAUCAGGCAAAAAUUCCCCUCAUGGUUUAGUCUUAGAAGCUGCCACAACAUGAGGUAUUCCUCUUAGAGAACAUUCAGUAAUUAUAUAUUCAAUGAUAAAGGUUUUUUUUAAAAGAAUCCUGAAGCUUCUCACUUGUGAUCUAUGUGAAAAGUGAAUUUUUUUUAGCCAAAUCAACCUGUGAAGAACUAUACCUAGAAUAUAUUUUUAUUUCUUGUUUUCUUGGAAUAUUCUCUCUUAUAUCCAGUUAUACAUAAAUGAAGAACAAUUUUAUGUUGGUUCACAUAGCCAUUGCUGAGAAGCUGAAAUGCUGCCCUCGAGAACUUUACCCAGUGUGAUAGUUAAAUAUAAUUUUUAAAAAUCAUAUCAGUACAAAAAUUAAAACAAAUGGAAAAGUUUUUAAAUAUGUGAAAAGAAAGAUUUGGUUUGGUGUCUUCUUGUUAGUUUAUUUUGGCAUUUUGGGGGGAAAAAAGAUUGAAAGAGAUCAGAAAAUUUUUGUCAUAUCUAAAUCUCUAGGAGGUUUCAAGCUGUUCUUUACUCCUCAUGGCCUAGAUUUUAUUUAUGUCCUCUCUCAAUGGCUUGGAUCUUGUUCAUUUACUCAGCAAUUAUUAGGGGUACCUGCACUGACAUCUUAAAAAAGAAUUCAGAAGAAUACCAAGGUUAGCUCUCCCAACAGGGUGGCUAGAGGAAAUUCCUUUAUGUGAUAUUUAAGGAAACUGGAGAGGGAACCAUGAACGUCUACACUAAGAGUCUAAAUGUGGAACAAGAAGAGGGAGAAAAGGUGUUGGGGGUGAGGACUGGACACAUGGUCCAGGCUAAGGCUCUGGCACCGCCUCACAGAGUGGGUACAGGUGCAACAGAAUAUAUUGUGAGGAUGCUGUAAAUGCUUACCAGGACCUAAGGGGGUUAUUUGCAAUGAGAAGUGCAUUCAUGAAGAAAAAACUCUUUUCUAAAAAACAUUUCCAGGCUUAAAGUUAUGUUCUUACACAAGUUAAACACAAUAGUCUUCAUUUCUUUACUUCUGUAGCUAUUAUUAAAGUCAGGUACUCAAACCUCAGCAACUUCACAUAAGAUUUUUGUUACUUAGUAUGCAGUGGUGCCAAGAGCCAGUUUCUGGCAAGGGCUUGUGCAUAUGCCAGCCGCUACAUGGUCAUAUCAUAUGCAUCAUGUGGCCCUCCAAGGGCAGCCCAGAAAUAUGGACCUGGAUAAACUGGGUCCCAAAGCCUCCAGGAAAGGCAACUCAAGCAUUCCACUCAAGUUAAUCAUACAACAGAGUCCGGAUUACUAUCCUACUCUACAGAUUGUUUCAAGGAAGAGUCCAUUGUAACCGGCACUGCUUCUGGGGCCCAAUGCCUCAUCUUUUCAAGUGUGCCUGUGUAACAGUUGUCUGUACAGAGAAGUCCAGAUACAAAUGACAUGAGAAAUAACCACACAGCUUACCCCUCCACCUGCUCAUCCUCUUCUACAUGUAAAAUUUAAGACAGCGAGUUGGUUAAAAUGCUCCACAUCAUAUUUAUAAUUUUAUUACAUUUGUUUGUUUGUUUGUUUUGUAUGUAGGAGCACACUCAUGUCACCCCAUACAUGUGGAGGUGAGAGGACAAUUUUCAGGAGUAGGUUCUCUCCCUUCAUCCUGUGCAUCCCGAGAACUGAACUCAGGUCACCAGGCUUGGUUGUAAGCACCUUUAUCAUCUGAGUCAUCUCACCAGCCCUCAAUCACUUUUGUAAAAUCACUUGCAUAUGAUUCACUUUUACUUUUUCUUAAAAUCAUGGUGAAAAAUAAUAUAUGCGCAUAAUUUCUAAGUCUAGAAAUAACUCAUUUGAAUAUUAACAACUUCAUUUUAUAUGGUCGAAGUAUUAGUCAUAAUAAUUGGUAUUCCAAAUAAAACAGCAACCCCAAUUAUUUUUUUUGUUGCUGUAAUAAAGGAAGUUAUGAGGAGGACAUUUUAACCUUUGAAUCUGAAAUAAGAAUUUGCCAGUGGUGUCAGUUCGAGUUAUAGAUAAGGUAUAGGGAGGCUAUCUUUCAGAAUGUUUGAAAAGGUCCUUUGCUCAUAGAAUUGGGGUAGACACUAAAACCACCAACCAAGUGGUCAGAGGAGAUGGAUGUCAGCAAAGCCACUCCAAGGGAUUAUUUGAAUAAUGCCUGAAUUUAACCAGUCAGUGAUUUGCAAAGUCUUCUGGUCAUCAGUAUGACCCAGAGAAAUCUUUCAAAGUCCUGAGUGCCCUGACUGUCUAUCAGCCAAGGAAGUCAGUAAUUUGUAAGUCCCCUAGUAAUCCCUUAUGCAGCUGAAUUUCAAAAACUAGUAGCUAGACCACAGGCCAAACAUGCCAACCCAAUAAACACUUACAAAGUGAUUACACUAAGCAGAGAAAUAUUGUUAAGGUCCCAAACAAGGAAUGAUGGUACUGUAUCUGUGAACCACCAUUUAGGGUGCUGAGGCAGGAUGAUGGCAAAUUUCUCAAAAUCAUUCUUGAUAACAUAGCCAGACCCUGUUAUAAAAAAAAAUUAACACAGCAAAAUAAUAGGGGAGGGGUAUCCAUUAUUAUAAGUCAGAAAUUUAAAUCCCAAAGGGCAUAUCCAAAGGUAAAGAGCUAAUUCUAGCAGGGGCAAAUCCAGAGACAGUACAUUAUUUUUACCAUUAAAACCGGGAAACUUACAGACUGGGUAUCCCAUGUGGCAGGAAGCCAACAAAGUCAUGGGAGCCAAGGGCAAGCAGUGUCCCUGGAUCUACAAACACAGCCUAGCUUCAGUGUUGAUCAGAAGAAGAGUGGGAAGUUGGGUAUGAGAACCCAUGAACAUGGGACCAAAGAUUUUAUAUUUAAUUCUGUGGACUCGAGAAUUCCUUAUCAAAAUUAUUAUUACCAGAGCCAAGACAUACUGAUAUUAUUCUUUGAUGAUAUCAAUUUAGACUGACUGGGUGAUAAAAGACCUGGACCUAAGGACAUAAGUUAGCAGAAUAUUGUGUCACAGUGGAAAAAUGUAAACUUAUUGGCCAGAAAUAAGGAUGUGAUAGCAAGGAACUGAAGGAGAAAAAUGAAUGCAAUACUGUGAGGGAAAAGCUUCCACCCACAAUAUAACAUAGACAUCAAAGGUUUAUUUCUGUUGUCCAAAGCACCAGAACAUGGUGUCACACAAUUAAAAAUUAGCCUCUGUACUAUUUCGAAUUAAUAAAGUACCUUCAAAAGUCUGUUCAAAUCUGUGGUUUUGGUAGGGUACUACUAUAGGAGCCAAUCAUUCAUAUUUUGCAUAAUAUCCUCACUGUAAUAUUCUAAUUUUAUUUUAAUAAUCAUAUUUCUGUGAUUUGAGCAUGCAAGUACCAUGUUUUUAUUUACAGAGCUCUUAAAACAAAAUAUCAGCCUAAAAAAACAAAAACAAAAAAAUCAGGAAAUCAUUUAUCUACAUAGUGGUUGAUCUGAUCCUCUAACAUAUUUACACCAGGGGAAAAUGGUUUACGUUAUCAAAAUUCUUUAACUACAAUAAAUAAAAGAUGAGUCAAAAGAGGAAGAAGGGAAAUAUUAGAAAAAUAAGUAAGUAUAUCUGAUCUUUUAUAAGAAUGAUAGACACUCAGGAACAUGAUAUAUUCUUAUAUGCAUGUCUUGUAGCUAAGAAAUCUGUACCAUCUAGAUUUGUCUGCAAUGUUUACAAUUGUAACAAUUAUGUUAACUUGAUAAGCAAAUGAUUCUUAAAAUGUUGUGUUUCAGGGAGGUUAGCAUUGCAGGCUUAGAUAUAAGAUCAUUGGCUCUCCUGUGACCUGAGAUUUGGUCAUGAAUCACCUCCUGUGGAAGAUUUGUGUAAAGUAUAUGUCUUAUUCCACCAUGUAGAUAUUGUUUGUAACCAUUAGCACUGAUUAAUGCUAGACACGUGUAUAUAUAAAGUUGUUUUCACAACAUAUCCCUACACAAAGCAGUUGCAUAAUUCAAUGGAUGCCUCUAUUUACUGCAACUCUUUUCCUGUCGAUACCAGAAAUGUCAAACAGUCUUCCUUUAUAAGUACAUGCUUUUCAACACAGCACUUCAUCAUCCGGGGUCAUUCAGACACUCCUUGCACGCUCCUCAGAGAGCAAGUGGAUAGAUGAGGACAGUGUGUGUAGGUGGCAGCUUAAGAACAUAAACGCUUUGAGAUUUACUGGCACCUUGCCACACAGUGUGGUGGCUGCAGGUUGGUCAUCCGCCUACCUUUGUGCUGUACCCCUUGAGUCAUAGCUUUCACCAGGUUGCCAAAAUUACAUAAUUGUCCAUUCACUCAAUUACUCACCAAGCCUUGGACUCCAUGAAAAAUGUUAAAUACCACUCAUGUGCCAGGGUCUGAGAGUGAAUGCAGAGAGGAGAAGAGCACAGAUGCCCAGCAAGGAUUGUAGAGUGGUGAGCUAUUAGGCGAAGUAACUGUCCACAGCUAGCAGAAAGAAAGUGAUGCCGGUGACGCACGAGCUCGAGCAUGUGCCAUGCCGCCUGGCUAACUGCUCGGACCUAAAUGCUUGACCUCACCAUCAGCUCUCCAAUGCAGGAAGUCUGGGAUAAGGCCUGAAUUUUUUUCAUGUCUAACAAGCUCCCAGUGGAUGCUGAGGUGACUGGCCUGUGGAACCUACAUUCACUUUUAUGUCAUAGAUAUAGACGUUUGAAAAGAACAGGAGUUUAACAAGGCAUGUUGGUGAUAAAUCUAAAAGACCACACGGCCUAAGUGCUCCAUGGAUGACAUUCCAGGCUGCAGAAAGGAGCCCCCAUCACUUGAGACAGUACUUGCCACAUCAAACUGAUGAUGAGAUUCAUCUGGGAAGCUGUUACUAUCUCUGGGUAUAAAUCUAAGGAAUCUGUGUUUGUAACAAAUCUGGCAAGAAGUCUUCUCCUAUUAGGAAUAAAACUUACAUACUUUGAACUAAGGCCUAUAGCAUGAAAGAUGAUCAUUUCUACAGAAGUUCUGGUAUAAAGGGUUUAACUGGAAUGUGUAAGGUGUCCAAUAAUACACAGGACCUGACUUAAACCUAAAAUAGGACAACAAUGGAUACUCUCGAUACAGCAGAUCCCAUGCAAUGCUCUCCAUUGCUUAUAAGAAAUGCAUACCUAGCAAUGUAUCUGCUCUUUUAAUUUGCUGAAUCUGACAACUCUAAGGCCAUGGUGUUUGUCAAAUGGCCAGGAGGACACCAGAAAGAAUAAAGAAGAAAGAACACUAUUAGGCUUAAUAGACCAAGUGUUAUCUUCACAUGGUAUGGAAGAGACUGAACGCACAGUAGCUUCAGUGUAAAGGUCUUUUGAUUGCAUAAAUCUUCCCAAGGUGCUGAAGUAUCCAGAGCAAUGUUAUACGAAGUUUGCAAAGGUCAAACAUUAUUGUAUCAUUUUUUAAUACAAAGAAACCACCUCUCAAUUCAGUCCAGCUGACAGCCAAUGCUAACCAUCAUAGACUCCAAGUACACACUCCAGGCUUAAAUCAUGCAAUAAAUCCCAGAGCAUUUGAAAAUCUUUCUGCCCCUGCUUCAUCAAGAACUGCUACCAGAAACUUAAAUGUCAUUAAUGCUGGCAAAGGGUAGCUUCCCCAGAAGCACUCUGGCACCACACCAGAAACAUUCCAUUUCUCAAAUACAUUUGACCAUGGAGCAUCUUAACACUACUGCCCAUGCAUUUGGCAGACACUGAGUCAUGCCUUGUUAGAAAAGCGUGUCCUUGUUGCCAGAGUAUUGAUAUGAAAAGUGUGUCCUUGUUGCCAGAGUAUUGACAUGCCUUGUUAGAAAAGCAUGUCCUUGUUGCCAGAGUAUUGAUAGGUAUAUAUUAGAAAGCUGGAAAAGAAGGUAUUCUCAGGUCAGGGUGAAAACCAGUUAUUUCCUAAAGAACACUGAUGCUUUGUAGAUAACCACUUGCAGAAUAGACUGCUUAAGGGGAAACAACUCAUUGGCUUGAGUAAUUGGAGAGUCUGGACCUCAACAAAGACAACUCAAAUCUGACUUCCCCUUUCAUUCCAAUAGAAGUUCAGGAUGAGGAAAGUAACUAAAUAGAAAUCAUGUUGGACCAGACCAAAAGGGAUGUGAACAAAAGAUUACCAAGUAACCAACUAUAUGAAUGGAUAUUUUCAUAUUUCUGAAAAGUGUUAUAGUUUCAUAAAAAUACGGUUGGGAAAUCUUUGUUUUAACACACUUGGAGCAAGUUAUUCCUUUGAGAACUUUAACAAAUAGAAAAAGAGAAUUGCCUACAAGAGAGAAUUGUGUGUGUUGAAGAUGGUUGUGACCAGUAAAUGAAUACUUUAUUUAAACCUUCUAACAAAAGUGAUGUUUUAGUUCUUAGGUCACCAAAGGUCAAUGUGGACAUACCAAAACAAGAAAGAAUUGUAAAUUUUGUAUCAGGUGAUAUCAGAGCUCCCCUGCAAAUGUUCCAGGUAGUAUUCUGUUCAUUUGCUAUUGAAGCAUUAUAACUAAAUACAGCUCUUGGUUGUUUUUAACACUGGGAGGUCACAACCAAAGUUUAAGAAACAGAAAAACUAUUAAUUGGAAGAAACUGUUCAUCAGUUGGAAAUGAAGGAAAUCACCUAAGAUGAGGGAAUAGAAAAUGAAACAGGCUCCUGGAUCAUUCACUGGAUCAUUCAUCCAAAAAAAUGUUUGUUAAGUAUCUGGAAUGUGCCACAGUAUCCCAAAUUCUGUGUGGUAGGCAAAACAAUAUUCAAAUAGUUCAGAGGGGUAAAUUAGAUCUUAGCAGAAGAUCUAUUUGCUUUAACUAAAUGAAACAUUUUCCAAAACCAUCAUAUACCUGCUUUUAACCUAACCUAAAACCCACACAAACUUCCCAGUUAAUAUUUGUUUGCCAUAGUAAAUAGAAAUUACUAGUUUUUUUCUGUUUGUUGGAAGCAAGUAUCAACAAGGGCCAGAGGUAUUUGAGCAAGAUGUUGAGGUUAAAGGCAAGGAUACCCUACCAACUAAUUAGUGUAUUAACAAUGCAAAAAUGAUAAGUCACAAAUCCACGUGUUUGAAAUUAAUAUGCUUAGAUAUAUCAGUUAAUAUGAAUACAAAAAGUUUCUAAAAAUUGCAACUUAUCUCAAAAGAAGAAAUACUAGCAAAUAGAAUAGUCCAGAAAGAAUUGAGACCCAAAUAAGGAGAUUGGCAGAUAAUGCUAUUGUGUGAUAGCAACCUUGCAAAGAAUGUGAAAUGAAGUCCUCUUCUCAUCUGUUGCCAUUUCUGCUUAGCAUGGCAAUAACCAAGGGAUGGUGGCUUAAAGAAACAAAACAAUGUAACUAACCUGGGAAAAUAGAACUUGUAGAGGAAUGGAGAAAAUAAUCUCCUGGCUUUUUAACCUGGUGUUUGUCUAUUUGGCAUUUACUACUGGAGGGAUUAUGAGAUAGAUCUCUGUAGACAGUGGCUGAUGGGUGUCCACAGAGGUGAGGAGUGUAGAGGCACCAAGUGACAGGCUUUCUUCUUCAUUGAGUUUCACGGUGGAGAACACUACCUUUGUGGGUUUGGGCGGGGAGGGGGGCUAUGCUUUGCUAAAGAACUGAUAGAGAUGUACAUAAAACUAAUUCAAGUCUAUAAUCUUAAGAUUUUGUCACAGAAGAAGCAACUAAAUUUUGGGAACACAAUUUUAAUACAAUUACCCACUUGGAUACAACUCAAGCAAACUGUUUGAACCAUCUAGUGGAUGUUUAACCCUGUCAUUUGUCUGUUUGGAUAUAUUUAUAACCUGUACUUCACUAAUAGCCCUGUGACAUAACCAACAAUAUUCUGGGAAAUUGGAAAUAUGAGUUUAGAAAAAAGAGAUAAGAUAAUAAGGGAAAUAUUGAGAGAUUGGGUAGAAGUACUAAUAAAAGAGAAAGUGUUGCAGGAAGGAUGAAGAAAUCUACAAACACAUGGCUAUAAUCUCUAAAUUAGGAUAAACAAUGAUAUAAACCAUGAAAUAUUAUCAGAAAAGAAGGUGUCUUGUCAGUUGAUUUCCAAGUUAAUGUAUGUUUUCAUGUCUAAAGUGCUCAAAAUUGCUCAUUUAUUUUUAAAUUGUGUUAUCCUUGACUUUUCUUAAUAGAUGACUUUAUGCAUUUGUAUCAUAUGACUGCACUGAACUUGUAUUAAAUCAUGGCGGGGAUAAAAAAAAAAGUACUCCAGGGUGUGAUCUCUACCAUUAAGUUGCUUGUAAUCUAUAAGAAGAUGCUCAUGGACAAACUGGUCACACAAUGAAACGCAAAAGGUGAUUCAUGGUAAUUUGUAUACUUGAGAACUAUGAGCCUUGAUACUAGAUUGUCGUUUUGUAAAGGAAAUGAACUUCAGGUACCUUGAAGAAGAUGUUGGAUCUACCCAGCACUCUGCAGACCUUAACUCUGAGUGAAAGACUCAUGAAGAAAGAGAGACAUCACUCAGUCUGCCCUCCACCUUCUCACUUCUUGUCUCGCUUCAUUUUGCAUUCUCCUAAGUAUCAAAUAAAUACCCCUGACAGAGGCUCUGCUUCCAGAGUGUCAAGAGUACAGGCAUGGGCAACCUCACAAUGAAUUUGAAUGCUCCCUUGCCUGUGAAUUCCCUCCCAGUAAUAUUAGCUUAUAGCCAACCACCCCUUAAAUAUUUCUAGGUAGCUUAAAUAUUAACAAAAGCCAUGCUCUCUUUUGGUAGCACAGGGAUUGUGUUCACAUCCUAGCUUGUCAAUAGAAAGAAAAAGAAAUACAUUUGAAUCAGAAAAAUGUUAGCACGCAUCCAUAAUAAUAAAACAUGGAUGAUUGCUAUCACAAGGAAGUAAAAGAUCCCACCCUAAGCCAUUUUCUUCUGGAAUUUUUGGGAUAUGCACACAAGCACACAAAGCCAGCCUGGCAUCUGCAUGAGUAAAAUACAUCAUCCAAUGCUUAGAGCAUUGCCUUCUUCCCUCUAUGAAUAAUUUAUUAGCAUUGUACCUGCUGUUUCCAAGUGCACAGUAAUGAUUUAUUUAUUAGUCUUAAAAACAGAUGCUCAUAACAAGACACAGGUUCUGUAAAAUAGGUAACUAGUUCUCACAGUUGGAAGAGUUAAGGGGAAAGUGAUGGGUUUAAAUCCUCAGGUGUAAGGAUGAAUAGAUGUUUUCUAUACAAACAGUACUGGUUUUGUUUUAUUCUCUCACAGAGAAAAUUCUCUUCUUGUGAGUUUUCUCUCAUGUCAACCCUGCCUCGUCUUCCUUAACGUUUGUUAUUUAAUUCUAUCCAGAGGAAUUCUGACUCAGACAGAAAAUAGAGCAUAGUCAUGUUGUCCAUUCAGGAUCUCAUAGAUUUUGUGUCCUAUGACUCAGUUAAUAGAUUCUCUCCAAAAUAAUAAAUGUUAUGUUGAGGAAGUAGCAUUGAGUUAUUUGCUUUUAAAUGCAUUAUUAAUUAUCCACAGUUUUCAGCAUGUGGAAAGUUCUGUGAAUCAAUGACUACAGGUAACAGUGUCUUGGAAUAUGUGAUAACUUUUAUUUCUACUGUUUUGUGUCUGCCUUGCUGUCUGCUGAAAUUGCUACUUACAUUUUUACCUGCUGGAACUUUAAAAGCAAGGUGAUCUGAAUUCAUCUGCUAUUUCUGUCAUACGCAUUGUGUGUCCUACAUAGGGAACUGGCUUGUGGGAAGAGGUGAAUAUGGCAGGCCACAAUCACUUUCUUCUUGCAUCUGCCGCUACAUCUAAAAUUGGGGGUACCUGCUACCUAGCCAUGUUUCUGCCUGAGAGCCUCUCCUCUCCUAUAAACACGAUGUUUUCCUCUGGCCUCUCCUUUGUAAUCAUUCCAGCCAACAGCUUCGAGGGAACAUACAGGAGACUAGGUGGGCAAUCAAUUAAAUCUAUCUGGAAACGAGCUGACCCUGAAACCCUCCCACUUACAAGCAAAACCAACUGGAAUGUGCUGAGAACUGUUUUGGAUGGAUUUGGGUCUGAGACAUGUGACUGUGUCCACAAAUGUGCCGCCCUCAUUCCUCAAGGAACCAAUCCUGAAUGCACAAAACUGCGGGUGGAUCAAGAAGCUAUUAUAAAUGAAAUAAACUUUAGUGGCUUGUAAAGAGUGCUUAAUGGCAUCUGUUAGUGUGUUUAAUAUCUGUGUGUUCAGCAUAGAGCCAUCGUCAUUGUGUUAUUCAAUUUACAGCUUCGUCGUUACCGCCUCCCAGGUGAAACCGUUAACUCACUCAGCACAUUGAACACUAGGAAACACUAUGGGUUAAGGUGGUAUGAAACUAAGCCAGCCUUGCAAGGCAAUACCGGAAAAAAAAGUCAGAAUGCAAUAAAGAAAUGUCGUUGUUACAGGUGACUACUUCAUGCUGUCUGGAUCCUUGUUUAUUAAUUGGGUACAGAAGCUAUUCUUGCAUCUUGUCGUGGUCAGGCAGUAUGAUGCCAACACCAUCCAGGACAGAAGUUUUAAAAGGCAAGUUGUUUUUAAAUGGUAUAGUGAUCUGGUAGGCGGCAUUUAAAAAAAAAAAAAACUCUAUAUAGUGAAUGCCUAUCUAUUCUUACUAUCUAAAGAGAAAAAUAAAAUAAAAUUUCCUUUUUCUGCUGGACCAAGAUUAUUUUCAAAGGCAGUAUAGCACACCAGCACACAGUAUCCCUCUGGUACAAAACUGACGAGAGAAAGGAAAAUGUGAUCCUUCUAGAAUCUUCUAAAACAACAGAAACAAUAAGUAAUGUUUUUAAGGUGGAACGCCACUGUGUGAGUUAUAUCUAGGUUUUCUCUAAAAGAUAAUUUUGGCCAGACCUAAAAGACUCAAAGUUUCUCUACGCAGCCUCGAUCAUAAACUUUGCUUCAGCUGUGGCAGCUUGGAUUCAUUACCACUUAGUGGUAGCACUAUUUAAACAUGAAUAUUCCUGAUAUGAAAAGCUAUUAUAAAUAUAUACAGAUUUAUAUAAAGGUUGAUGACUAUAAUGCUUUUUUAUACUAGAAAAACCAUGUGAACAGAAAAUCAAUCUGAUGAAUGCUGUUAAUCAUUUUAACUUUUUUAUUAGGUAUAAAAUGUUCAUACAAAUAUUCUCUCUAUAACUUACCAGAAUUUAUCAGCUUGUAUAAUUUUUAUAAGCAGAAGAGUCUGGUUUUCUAAUUAAAGUUUUGUCAAAGAAAA